AUAAAUACCCAUAGCUUGUCUUCCUCAUCACCAAAUACAACAUCUAGGUCUAAUGACCUGUGUUUGUGGAAGCUGCAAAGCAUGAAUGCUGUUCAGCUGUACUUCAGAAAAGCGAGGCUUUCUUGUUUGUUGGGGUUUUGGGGGUUUUGUUUGGUGGGGUUUUUUUCUGUAUUUCUGGUCCCAGAGCGUGCUGGCUUUCUUGUUUAUCAGUACAACCAUGAAAAAAUGGAAGGCACCAUGAAUAUUUGUGAUGUUGACAGGUUGUUGGUUUGGGGUUUGGUUUUUUUCUUUUCUUUUAAAGCUCAGUUUUUCUGAUUAUCUCCCUGAGAUUUGCUGUGCUGUCUUCCUGAUUCCCAGAGAAUAAUAUGUGGUCCUCUAAUUUGCUGAUUUACUUGUGGAGUAUCUGUUUCUUUGAAAUGUAAUUCUUAUGCCAGGAACCUUGUAGCAUCAGUUCAGGUCCUUUGCAUGGUUUCCUGCUCAUCAGGUUGGACCAAUCUUGAGCUUGGAGACAAGGAUCCUUGAAAAAUCAACCAGCUCCCCUGGACUUCUCUUCAGAGCCAUAUGCCAUGGGAUUUUUCCAAGCAAAUCGCUGAUCAGGCCAGUGUUUGCUCUCACUGUGAUCCUGCCUUCUGCCUUGUUCCUCCCCUCAGAAUCCUGCACUUCACCAUUGCACAGCCAGCAGCCAUGGCUACUGCCAACCUUUACAUCCUCAAACAGCUCUCCCUUGUUUGCAAGCACGGGGUCCAGCAGUGUCUCCCCUUGUCAGCUCCUCAGACAUCUGCAUGAGGAAGUUGUCAGCAAUGCACUUCAGAACAUUCCUGGGUCUUGUUCCUCCAGCAGGUAUUGGAGUGGUUGAAGUCCCCCAUGAUGGCCAGUGCCUUUGAACACGAGGCUUCCUCUGGUUAUCUGAAGGCGGCCUCUUUUACUUCUUUCUGAUCAGGUGUUCUGCAGCAGACACCCAGAGCGGUGCCAGCGUUGGCCUCCCUGCUAGCCCUGACCCAUAAGCUCUCAGCUGGCUGGUCAUCCAUCCCCAGGCAGAGCUCGGUGCCUUCCAGCUGCUCUCCUGCGUGAGGGGCCAUUUUCCCUCCUCACCAUGGGGAGUCUCCCACCACUUCAUCCUGGUGCUGCUACAGGGCUCGAGUGCUUCGUUCAAACAGAGCUCCUGGCCCCUUACUUGCUGUGAGGGUGCCAGGUGUCUUCCAUGGUGGCUAACCAGCAGGUGAAGCAGGAGCCGUUCUCUUGGUGCCAGAGGCCACAAGUUUCCCACCUUCACCAUCAUGAGAGUCUCCUGCUGCAGCUCCUUCACGUGGUCACCCAGAUCCUCACCAAGUGCAGUCAAGGAGGCCAUCGGCACAGCUCAUCCAGUUAUUCUUGUAGCUACUGAACAGUGGCUAGCUCACGGUCUAGAGGCCAAGUGCAUCCAGCAGCCCCACGAGGAGACUGCUUCGUCAAGGCUGCACGUGGUGUUUUGCUGCUGCCAUCUGGUACAGAAAAUCCUGCAGUGAGCCUGAACCCUGCGUAUCUGGCCAGGCGUGACAGUGAGAUUGACAAAAGAUUCUGCGUGUUCAAAUUUGGCAGGAAGAAUGUGCUGUUUGCAACUCUGGCAAUGCAGACUGGCUUCAGCUUCAUACAGGUCUUCUCUACCAGCUGGGAGAUGUUUUCGGUGUUCUUUGUGCUGGUUGGCAUGGGACAGAUAUCUAACUACGUGGCAGCAUUUGUUCUCGGUGCAGAAAUCCUUGGCAAAUCAAUUCGGGUGCUGUUCUGCACACUGGGCGUUUGCAUAUUUUAUGCAUUUGGCUACAUGUUGCUGCCCCUGUUUGCUUACUUCAUCAGAGACUGGCGGAUGCUGCUGCUGGCGCUUACUUUACCUGGGCUGCUCUGCAUCCCGCUCUGGUGGGUCAUUCCAGAAUCUCCACGGUGGCUGAUCUCCCAGGGAAGAUUUCAAGAGGCAGAAGACAUCAUCCGAAAGGCUGCAAAAACUAAUGGUAUUACAGCCCCAGACGUAAUACUUGACCCUAGUGAGCUGCAAGAUUUGAAUUCCCAGAAGCAACAGACGUACACCAUUUUGGAUCUAAUGAAAACACGAAAUAUCCUAACUAUCACAAUUAUGUCAGUGAUUCUUUGGAUGAUAAUCUCUGUUGGUUAUUUUGGACUUUCUCUCGACACACCUAACUUGCAUGGAGAUGUCUAUGUGAACUGCUUCCUCUCAGCAGUGAUUGAAGUUCCAGCCUACAUUAUUUCCUGGCUGCUGCUUCGCAAUCUCCCUCGACGGUAUUCAAUGGCUGCUGCGUUAUUCUUGGGAGGCUGUGUUCUUCUCUUCAUUCAGCUGGUGCCUUCACAUAUGCGUGUGCUAUCUAUUCUACUGGUGAUGUUGGGGAAAUUUGGGAUCACAUCUGCCUUUUCAAUCGUUUAUGUUUACACGGCUGAGCUCUACCCAACAGUAGUGAGAAACAUGGGAGUGGGAGCAAGUUCCAUGGCCUCCAGACUGGGCAGCAUCCUCUCGCCUUACUUCGUUUACCUUGGUGCCUAUGAUCGGUUCCUGCCUUACAUCCUGAUGGGGAGCCUGACUGUGCUAUCAGGAAUUCUGACGCUAUUUCUGCCGGAAAGCUAUGGUAUGCCUCUUCCGGACACGAUUGAGCAAAUGCUGUUGGUGAAAGGAUUAGAAUACAGGCCUGCAUCUAGUAGCACAAGGGAUUCCAAGGAGGAAGAAGAAAAUCCAGAGAUUUUUAAAAGCACAGCUUUUUGAUGGAACUUCUGUGUGCUUCUUGGUGGAAUGAAAGUUAAAUGGACCUUUCUUCUAAAAUUCAUUCUAGAAAGGGCUAGUGGCAACACUUGUUUCCUGUAAUUUUAACUUUAUUUAUUAAUUUAAACACUGUGUUCUGUACAUUCUCUUUUAUAUGAACAUAAAUACUGCAUAACCUUCAAUGAGAUUUUUCAGCCACAGUUGUUUUAAUGCAGUAGUACCACGGAACAGUAUCUGAUCGAUCCGUUGUAACUUUAAGUGUAGAGUUCAGCUGAAAGAUACUUGAAAAUGAGUUCAAGGGCUGGCAGGGUACCUGGAUUCCUCAGUGAACCUUCUCCAGAGCUAAUGCACAUCAAGAAGUAAAAAUUGCCAGAAGAAACUGCUAAUUGGUUUUGAUUCCUUGACUUCUGUCUCUGGACAGGAAACUUAUUUAUUAUAGUGAAGGUUAUGAGAACGUGCCUCUCUGCAGUCUUACUCAAAUGACUUUGCACAUGCUGAAUUUGUUACCAAAUUCAGAAAGAUGCAAAGAAAGAUUUUGAGAAUUAAUUCUAACUUCAUAUGUUUUAACUCAGCAUAGAUUGAAAGGAUUGUCUUGCACAAAACAUUUGUAGCACUGAAGUUUUGCUCACAAAAUUCACUUGAUUCCAAUGCUGAUUUUCAACUGUACCUGUGUGGUGAAGUUGUUUACACCUGACCCUGGAUGUGGCCUGCUUCCAGGCUGUAUUUAUUUUAAAUGAUGCAAAAGGUUUCAUCUGUGUGUGGAGGGAGCGGUAUUAGUUUGGGGCUCUUCCAUUUCGAUGUGUGUUGGAAGUUUUAUGUCUAAAUUGUUUUAAUGUCUUCUGUGUAAUUUGAUGGAAAUAAUUCUGCUGUCUUCUGUGCUUUUCACACAAGUGCACGUACUCACGCACACAAUUAAUAUAUUUAGAGCUAAAUUGUUAUGCUAAUCUGUGCCACUGCAUUGACCUCACGGUGGGGCAUACAAAGAACAAAAUUCAGAAUGUAUUUCUCAAGUGCCAACUGUACAAUCACUGUGAGGUCUGGUAUUUCACUUAGCUCAUGUAAUCAGUGAAUGGUUUUCAAAUUGUUCUAAAGAAAAAAAACCAAACCUUGUUGACAGUCUGCCAAGAGAUUGUUCUUUGGGUCACAAAAGCACCUGCAGCAUUACCUGUGUUUCUUUAAAUACACACAAUAUAUAUGUACACUCGGUCUCAUUUGUGCUGUUCUGAUCAUGCGUUACAUCACGUUUCACAGAUGUGAGUGGUGGAAGACUUCUCUCUUGUGGCACUUGUUUGUGUGUGAUCUGUCUUGUAGAGACUUAAUAAACAGAACCUAAACCUUUGUAGCCAAAGCUGUUAGGGGCCUUAUUCUCUGCUGCGGCAGCUGGUCGUGGAAUUUUUGCAUUUUCCUACUGUAUUUAAAUACAUCGGUGGCAUCGGCUGAUUCCAGUCUUUUGUUAACCAGUGCCCCAUGUUCUGUCCAUGAUAACCAGCUCUAGCAGUGGGACUCAUGUGCUGGUGUGUGCCCUCCAGGCUGCUUGUCUUAAAAACAAGAAAGUAGGAAAAAGCCUGUAUAGACUACAGUGGUUUGCCUUUUUUUUUU